AUGGCCGACCGUGAUGACAUUGAGCGCCGCCGCAGUCAUGGGUUCCACGACGAGCUGGAGAUCCCCGUGAUCGACAACACCGCCAACGAGGCGGAUCUCGCGGACUCGCUGGCUGAGGCUAUCACCAACUAUCCCAAGUCGAACGCGGUGCUGGUGCAGCGACACGGGUGCUACGUCUGGGGCCCCACCUGGGAGAAGGCGAAGACCCAGAGCGAGUGCCUCCACUACCUCCUGGAGGCGGCCGUCAAGAUGGACGCUGUCGGCUUCGACCCGGCGGAGACCCCCCGUGGCGGUUGUCUCGAGUGCGGCGCGGGGAUGACAUCCUCGAGCGGGCGGCAGGGAGGACCCACCAGCAACGGGAUAAACACCAGCGGCGGCAGCGAAUGCUUGCAAAGCCCCGACAAGGAAGAACCCAGGGCGGGCCAGGGCCAGGGGGAAACCGCCCCCGCCGGCGGCGGCACCAACGCCUCCUCCGGGGGAGGGGUGGGCAGUGAGCCCUACAUGGCGCCGGUCACCCAGCAACCGGCCGGCGCCGCCAUGAACAACGGCUACGGCGACGGCGGCAGCCAGGGGGGUUGCACCAGCAUCCAACUCCCUGCCGCCUGGGCGACGCCGCCGCUUCCCGCCGUGUCGGGGGCGGUGGGACCGGCGGUGGCGGCGGCGUCGUCGUCGUCUUUGGUCGCCGCCCCUCCCGUCGCCACCGCCGCCGCCGGAGGUGAUGUCGACGUCAACGCCGCCGUACCAUCAACAGCAUCUGCACCCACGGGGCCGUUGUUGCCGGCGCCUAACGAGACCGCGCCAGGAUCCGUGUCCCUGGUAGGGGUGAAGGUGCUGGUGCUCGACAUCGAGGGGACCACCACCCCCAUCACCUUCGUCAAGCAGACCCUCUUCCCCUACGCCCAGGACCACCUGGCCCGCCACCUCAAGGACCAGUGGGAAUGCGAAGACUUGCAGCGGCUCGUGCGGGAGCUCAAGAUGCAGGCGGAAAAAGACGCGGCAGUCGACGGCGGCACGCCCGGAGUCCCCCAAGUGUUGGACGCCUCGUCCGCAGGGGUCGAGCAGGCGCAGGCUUCGGUGGCGGAGUACGUACGAUUCGUCAUGUCUUCCGACAGGAAGCUAGGACCGAUGAAGUCCUUGCAGGGCCAUAUCUGGCGGCAGGGGUACGCAGACGGCGGUAUAGUCGGAGUGGUGUACGCAGACGUAGAGCCUGCGUUCCGGCGAUGGACGCAGGCCGGCAAGAGACUCGCCAUCUACUCGAGCGGCAGCAGAGAGGCGCAGCGUCUUUUGUUCGGCAAGUCCACGGCGGGAGACCUUCGGCCGUACUUGUCGUCGUACUUCGACACGUCCAUCGGAGGAAAGAAGGACUCUGCCAGCUACAGGGAGAUCUGCCUGUUCCUGGGAGUGGACAGCCCGUCGGAGGUGCUCUUCUUGACCGACCUUCUUGCCGAAGCGGAGGCGGCCAAGCUCGCGGGAGUCCGCGCCGUGCUUUCCGUCAGGCCCGGUAACGAGCCUCUUCCGGACCGGUUAGACCGCUGACCACGCGUCCUCGCCAGAGUGGACGGAGCAGUGUUCCCACAGCACUGAUCACCGAUGAUGGCCAAAUCGUCCCUUCCGAUGCGGGGGGCUUCAAGAACGAUUUAUUUGUCAAGGCUAACGGGGCACCUUCCCUUGUCUCUCGGGGGGAGAAAGCAAGCAUCCGGUUAGGGUUGGGGUUAGUGUUAGGGUCUGCCCAGCGUGUGUGCGCUUUUCGCCUUCUUCCUUCUUCCUCGUUGUGGGUGCAGCGUCUACGUGGAGGGGAUGUGUUGUGACCCUGGGUAGCGGUGGUGUUGGUGGUGGUGUUGGUUGGUUGUGUCGGUGCAGGGAACAGCUGCGAGAAUUGGUCGAUUGUUGUGUGCGCGUGUCACAACAGCUACUACUACGCGAGUAAUUUGGUCUGCGAUGAGUUGAUCCUUGUACGCGCGUGUCACAACAGCUACUACGCAAUUAGUGAUUUGUUGUGGCCCGGGGGCGGUAAGAGGCCCUGCAGAUGGCAAGCUGUGUCAUUGUGCCGCCUCUGUCUCUCGUGUGGCAGUAUUUGCUACCUUGGUCCCUGGGUUGUGUGUUAUCAUAGGUCGUUUGUGGC